AUGUCUGAAACAGCACCUGCCGCUUCUGCUGAGCCUGGACCUGCAACAACCAGUGUGCCGGUUCCAGCCCCAACAGAGAAGGCGCCGAUGAAGAAAGCCAAGCGAGGAGGGCGGCCUAAGGCUGUGGGUCCCCCUGUGUCGGAGCUCAUAACCAACGCGGUGGCCGCCUCCACUGAGCGUAAUGGGGUGUCUCUCGCGGCUCUCAAGAAGAUCCUCGCUGCCAGCGGCUAUGAUGUGGAGAAGAACAACAGCCGCAUCAAGUUGGGCUUGAAGAGUUUGGUGAGCAAAGGCAUCUUGGUACAGACCAAAGGUACCGGGGCUUCAGGUUCCUUCAGGCUCAACAAGAAAGCGUCUCCAGGUGAAACCAAGAACAAGGCCAAAAAGGUACCUUCGGCUAAAGCGAAAAAACCUGCUGCCAAGAAGCCUAAGAAAGCUCCUGGGUCGGUAACUGGCAAGAGCGUAAAGACUCCAAAAAAGGCGAAGAAGCCCGUGGCUGUGGGAGCCAAGAAAGCAGCCAAGAGUCCCAAGACCAGUAAAGCCGCCAAGCCUAAGAAAGUGGUCAAGAGUCCAGCCAAGACCAAGGCAGUGAAACCCAAGGCCAAGGUUGCCGCCAAGUCAAAGGCUGUUAAGCCCAAGAAGGUGUUGCCCAAGAAGAAGUAAAU